AUGGGUUGUUGUCAGCAGCAGCAAAGCGGUCAGAACACCUCAUUGAGCUGCUCGUCUAAAAACGGCAGCUCUAGUUGUGCCGGUAAAGCGUCAAUUGAUAAGAAACCUGUCUCUUGUUGUGGAACAAGUAAGAAACCUACGAGAUGCAAAUGCGGCUCGAGCUGCUCAUGCGAAACGUGCAACAGCACCAAGCUAUAG